AUGGAGGCCCCGUGCGCCCGCAGCUUCACCUCAAGCAAGACCGCCUCGCCGUCGACGUUCGCCGGAACCGCGUCCUCGACCUCCCCCUCGACGGACUCCGUCAGCCCUCAUCGCCCGUACCCCUGCAUCGUGGGUGAGCUCUCCGCCGUUCCCCCAUCUCCUGCUCGCCCAACCCCCCGCACGCCCGCUGCUGGCUGCACCUGCGCCCGCCUCUCGCGCUCCGGCCCCGCGCUCACCGCCGCCAGGGGUCGCGCCAGGCUCCGUCCGGUCGUGCCCGUCGCCCCCGUGCCGACCGCACCCCCCUGGCCGGCCUGCCCGCGCAUGCUGCGACCCCGUGCGGCCGUCGCCCUCCCGGCGCCCCCGUCCCCCGACGCGCUCGCUGUCCCCGUCGCCAACGCCGCCACUCGACGCCCACCCCCAGCGCCGCCCCGCCUUCCUCCACUCCUUCCCCUCUCUGUGCUGGAUCCGGGCGAUCCCCAUCGCCCCUCUGACCCUGGCUCCGCCGACCCCGCCUCUCCCGCGCUGGCGCUGACCAGCGCCUCCCAUCGCCGCCCGACGGCGACGGCCUUCCCCGACGCGCCCGACCCGCCGGCCAUGGAGGCCCCGUGCGCCCGCAGCUUCACCUCAAGCAGGACCGCCUCGCCGUUGACGUUCGUCGGAACCGCGUCCUCGACCUCCCCCUCGACGGACUCCGUCAGCCCUCAUCGCCCGUACCCCUGCAUCGGGGGUGAGCUCUCCGCCGUUCCCCCCUCUCCUGCUCGCCCAACCCCGCGCACGCCCGCUGCUGGCUGCACCUGCGCCCGCCUCUCGCGCUCCGGCCCCAUGCUCACCGCGGCCAGGUCGUGCCAGGCUCCGUCCUGUCGUGCCCGUCGCCCCCGUGCCGACCGCACCCCCCUGGCUGGCCUGCCCGCGCAUGCUGCGACCCCGUGCGGCCACCGCCCUCGUGCCCGACCACCGGUGCCUGCAUCCGGCGCGCGCGCCACCCAGCGCCCGAGCGCCCUUGGGCGUGUGCCGAUCGGGCAGCGCCCGUUGCCCCUAACAGAAGCUGAAGUUACUAAGGCUGUCAAGAAAAUAUUGAAUGAACCGAAAGCUGUCUGUAGCCAGACCGGGUUAAGUCCUUUCUGCGUCUCCAAUAAACCGCCAACUGGCGAUGAUCCGUUCUGGAAAAAGAAACCACGGGAUAAACUGGCCAAGACACCUCGCCCCAAGACCAAGAUUAUCAAAAAACCUGCCAAGAAGAGGACCACUGAGUCUUCCGAACCAAAUGCUGAUGCUGACUUGGCUAAUCCGGAUUCAGAGCCUAGACCCAACAAGAAGGCUCGGUUAAAUAAACCGGCUGAUGAUAAUGUGGUUUUUGAACCGGAGAAGACUCCAGAUCUGGAAGGAACAAAUGCUGACAUUAUACAUGACGACCCGCCACCUCAAGAUUAUGACUUCAUUGUUGAACAAGUAGAAGUUGACACAACGGGUCACACUGAUAAACCGACUAGCCCGGCUCGCACGGAUGAUAAACCGACCAGUCCAGCUAAGGCUGCUGAUAAACCGUUAAGUCCAGUGAAGGCUGCUGAUGAUAAAGAAGAUGAUAUUAUGAUUACUGGCGUCGGCCACACCGCUCCUGGCAAUCCUGUUGCUUUAUCGAAGCAUAGUGCCAAGGACGAGCUUUCUGCUAUGGGCAAAGGCAAAUGGAACACAGAUUUGUCAACCUAUGCCCACCUCAACACCCAAGACAUCCAUUCUGAUUUUUUAAACCGUCUGUACACAAGCCGCGACUUUGAAGCCGGUUUAGUGAAUCUGAUGAAGGAGCGAUAUGAGAUAACUGCAUAA